GAAAAUAGAAAAUAUGUAUCCAAUGAAAAUGCAGUGCGAUAGAAAGGAACCGCAGUGUGAUAGGGUAUGAAGCAUAUAUCAUCAUUUUCUUUGUAUUUUAGCGUCUUGUUAAAAUUAAAACUAAAACCCUCUUUCAAUUCCACACUCCUCUCUCUCACUCUCUCCGCCUAAUCCUAAAACCUUAUCUCUUCUUUCAUUUUUUCUCCAAUGGAUUCUCAAACCCUAUCUUCUUCUUCUUCCCAAUUUCCUGAACAACCUAAUAACACUCUUCUUAACGGCGUUAACGGUCACGGUUCCGAUUCCGAUGACGGUUUUCUUAGCGGUGAAGAUGAAACCGAACCUUCUAGACCUAUUCUCGUUCAUCCAGAUGCCAUCAAAUCCACCGGUGUUGUAGAACAGCCGCCUUUAGACGCUGAGAGUCCGAGACCUAUUGCUAAGAUAACCGACGAUGACGAAGACGUAGCGGAGGAUGAGGAGGAUGAGGAGGAAGAUUUGCAGAAAGGCGGUGAUGAUGAUGAAGUGAAGGAGGAGGAGGUUUUUGUUGAGGCGAAUGAUGGGGAGGUUUUUGUCGAGGCUGAUGAUAAGGGUUUUGAAGGGGAUGGAGUUGUUGAACUUGAAAAUGAAAUUAACAAGUUUUUACAAGAGGAGGCCGAGGCCGCAGCCGGAAUCAAUCAUUCUGAUUCUGUUGUUGUGGAAUCGGUUUCUGGUGAUAAUUUGGGGGAUGGUGGUGGUGACGGUGGUGAUGAGGAUGAGAAGUUUACAAGUGGUGGAGAUUUUGUUGUUGAUUCUCUUCAAGUUAAUCCUUUGGUGGAUGGAAGUGUUGCUGUUGUUGGGGAUGAAGUGGAAGUUGAGGUGUCUGAAAUUGAAAAGGUUGUGGCUCCUGUUCCUGAUUUGAGUGUUGAUAAUAGUUUUGAACCUAUUGAGGAGGUUGGUGGUGAAGGUGUUGUUGAUGAGAUUGGCAGUAGUUCUGAACCAGUUGAGAAGGGUGGUGAAGUUGUAGGUGGGGAUGUAGAGCCUGGUGAAGUUGUUGACAGUGGAGUUGGAGUUGAUGAUGUUGCACAUGAGCAAGUGAGUGACAUUGUUCCUACUGAGAAGGUUGUUGAUGAGGUUGUCAGUGGGGACGCUGAGGCUGGUGAAGUUGUUGAUGUUGCACAUGAGCAAGUGAGUGACAUUGCUCCUAUUGAGAAGGUUGUUGAUGAGGUUGUCAGUGGGAGUGCUGAGGCUGGUGAAGUUGUUGACAGUGGAGUUGAUGUUGCACAUAAUGAAAUUAGUGACAUUGCUCCUCUUGAGAAGGCUGGUGAUGUUAUUGAUGAGGUUGUUUUCAGGGAUGCCGAGUCUGAUGAGGUUGUUGACAUUGGAGUUGAUGAAGGUGUUGCACAUGAGCAAGUGAGUGAAAUUGCUCCUACUGAGAAAGGUGAAGAAAGUUCAGAAGUUGUGAGUCAGAGUUUGGAGGCCAAGGAAGAUAAGACAAACAUAGAGGGUGGGGCUGAGGGUGAAAUUGAGAGCCGUGUUGAUGGUGCUGUUGAGGAGGAAGUAGGGAGCAAUGUUGCUCAAGUGGAAGAUGGGAGCAAUGUUGAUAAUGUUGAGGUGGAAGAUGGCAGCCAUGUUGAUAAUGCUGUUUUGGAGGAAGCCGAGAGCAGUGUUGAUCGUGUUAUCGAGGUGGAUGAUGGUAGACAUGUUGAGGCUGCUGUUGACCAUCAUGUCGACAGAGAGAUUGAUGACUUGGUGUCGGAUACGAGGGAGGAAUCAAUGCUCUUUGGAGGCUCUGAUUCUGCCAAUAAAUACUUGGAGGAAUUGCAGAGGCAUAUGAGGGCCAGCGAGAGUUCUCAGGAUGACAGAAUUGACGGCCAGAUUGUAACCGACUCAGACGAAGAAGCGGACUCUGAUGAUGAAGGAGAUGGCAAGGAGCUCUUUGAUACUGCUGCUUUGGCUGCUCUUUUGAAAGCAGCAACUGGAGCGGGAGGAGAAGAUGGCGGCGGCAUCACCAUAACUGCUCAAGAUGGAUCGAGGCUUUUCUCUGUCGAGCGCCCUGCUGGUCUGGGCCCAUCACUCCAGACAGGUAAACCUGCUGUACGGUCAAAUCGUCCUAAUCUUUUUGCUCCUUCCAUUAGUAGAGCUGGUACUGUUGUUUCUGACACCAAUUUGAGCGAAGAAGAUAAGAUGAAACUGGAGAAAUUGCAAGAAAUUAGGAUAAAAUUCCUUAGAAUGGUGCAGAGACUAGGUUUUACUACUGAAGAAUCAAUAGCAGCACAGGUUUUGUAUCGGUUGACACUUGUUGCAGGGAGGCAAACUGGUGAAUUUUUCAGCCUAGAUGCUGCAAAGGAGAGUGCUUCCCGGCUUGAAGCUGAGGGAAGAGAUGAUUUUGAAUUUUCUCUAAAUAUAUUGGUUCUUGGUAAAACUGGGGUUGGAAAGAGUGCUACAAUUAAUUCAAUUUUUGGUGAAACCAAGACCAGCUUCAGUGCAUAUGGUCCUGCUACUACUGCUGUGACGGAGGUUGUUGGAAUGGUUGAUGGAGUGAAAAUAAGGGUCUUUGACACACCAGGUUUGAAAUCUUCUGCAUUUGAACAAAGUUACAACAGAAAAGUCCUGUCUAAUGUGAAGAAAUUGACCAAAAAAUCUCCCCCUGAUAUUGUUCUAUAUGUGGAUCGCCUUGACCUACAAACUAGAGAUAUGAAUGAUUUGCCCAUGUUGAGAUCAGUUACUAGUGCCCUUGGUCCGUCAAUAUGGCGAAAUGUGAUUGUCACUCUGACUCAUGCUGCCUCUGCUCCUCCAGAUGGGCCUUCAGGCUCCCCACUAAGCUAUGAUGUAUUUGUUGCUCAAAGAUCCCACAUUGUUCAACAAACAAUUGGACAGGCUGUUGGUGACCUACGUCUUAUGAAUCCAAGUUUGAUGAAUCCAGUUUCCCUCGUUGAAAACCAUCCUUCUUGUCGGAAAAACAGAGAUGGCCAGAAGGUGCUUCCCAAUGGUCAGAGUUGGAGACCUCUAUUAUUGCUUUUAUGCUACUCGAUGAAGAUUCUCUCCGAGGCUGGUAACGUUUCAAAGACUCAGGAAACAGCCGAUAGCCGCAGGCUCUUUGGUUUUAGAACCCGUUCCCCACCGCUUCCAUACUUGCUGUCUUGGUUGCUGCAGUCACGUGCCCACCCUAAACUCCCUGAUCAAGGUGGGAUUGACAAUGGUGAUUCUGAUAUUGAAAUGGCUGACUUAUCUGAUUCUGAUGGAGAGGAAGGUGAAAAUGAAUAUGACCAGCUCCCACCAUUUAAGCCUCUAAGGAAGUCACAGUUUGCUAAGCUUAAUAAAGAGCAGAGGAAGGCAUAUCUUGAGGAGUAUGAUUACCGAGUGAAACUUCUGCAGAAGAAGCAAUGGAGUGAGGAGUUGAAAAGGAUGAGAGAGAUGAAGAAACGAGGAGGUAAAGCUGCUGAAAACGAUAAUGGCUAUACGGAAGAAUACGAUGAUGAGAAUGGAAGUCCAGCUGCUGUGCCUGUACCGUUGCCUGAUAUGGUGUUGCCACCUUCCUUUGAUAGUGACAAUCCAGCCUAUAGAUACCGUUUCUUGGAACCGACCUCCCAGUUGCUGACAAGGCCGGUCUUGGACACUCAUAGUUGGGACCAUGAUUGUGGUUACGAUGGUGUUAACAUUGAGAACAGUAUGGCCAUCAUCAACAAAUUCCCGGCAGCAGUUACUGUUCAAGUAACAAAAGACAAGCAAGAUUUCAGUAUUCACUUGGAUUCAUCGGUUGCUGCUAAACAUGGAGAAAAUGGAUCAACCAUGGCAGGUUUUGACAUUCAGAACAUCGGAAAGCAGCUGGCAUACAUUGUUAGAGGUGAGUCCAAAUUCAAAAUUUUCAAAAGAAAUAAAACUGCUGCUGGAGUGUCUGUGACUUUUCUGGGUGAAAAUGUGUCUACUGGCGUGAAACUUGAAGACCAAAUAGCACUGGGUAAACGAUUGGUAUUAGUGGGGAGCACAGGGACUGUGCGGUCUCAAGGUGAUGCUGCUUAUGGUGCCAAUCUUGAAGUGAGGCUUAGAGAGGCAGAUUUUCCAGUUGGGCAGGAUCAAUCUUCACUGAGUCUUUCUCUGGUGCAGUGGAGAGGUGAUUUAGCCUUGGGGGCCAAUUUCCAGUCACAGUUUUCUCUUGGACGAAACUAUAAGAUGGCUGUUCGUGCUGGAUUGAACAACAAGCUUAGCGGACAGAUCACUGUGAGGACAAGUAGUGCAGAACAGCUUCAGAUUGCUCUUAUUGCUAUUCUUCCAAUUGCCAAGACUCUUUACAAGAACUUCUGGCCUGGAGCUAGCGAGAAGUAUUCCAUUUAUUAAGUUAUUUUGCUUAUGCUGCUAGUUAAGGAGUAGACUAUGAGGUUUGUGUGAGGUGGUUUACGCGGAUUACGAAAUUGUGGCUUUGCAGCAAUUCUCAUUCCUCAUCAAGGUAUUGAUAUCUUAGAAAAUAAAUUUAAAUGGGCUGUGAAUUAGGAAAUCAUGUCUUUAGCAAUGCUCAGGUUUGCUGUGCUGGAUUAAGAGUUUCAGAACAAGGUUUUACAGUUCCCAGCUAAUCAAUUUGAAAUUUUGUUUGUUUUUUUUUUUUUAAUCAAUGACUAUUAAUAAUAUUGUAUGGUUAAUGUUCCCCUGAUUUAAAGAAGCUUUUUAACUCCUAAAAUUGUGGAGUUCAGUGUGAUUAAUUUAAGAUACUGUUUCUUUUU